AUGCCGCACCAGGUUGGCAGAUAUGGAAACCAAAGAAAUCGUGAAAGAAGAGGAGAAGUAAAGCGUACAAAACAAAUUUUGCGGUUGAGAGAAGAAUGGGAAGUGCGAACACAGAGGAGAGUAGAUGAAGAUGACCGCCUAAAAAGAAGUGAGCAAGAGGAAAAGCGCAGAAGAAUGGAAGAGAUACGGAGGAGAAUACAGAGCAUGGAAGAAGCCAUUCGCAGAUUAGAUCCUCUUUCAAUAAUAGAAAAUAUUUUCUCAGAGAGAGCCCGACUCGGAGUUGUAGCUCAGGAGGAAAUAAAGAGGGGGGCAAAAGAGUUGAUAGGCGCACUUGAUACCAUCAAAAUAUCUCAUUCUCAUAUAAAAGAAGUUCCUCGCUGUGUAAUUUGUAUGACUGAAUUCACUGUGAGAGAGGAUGCAUGUCGAUUGUCAUGUCAUAAAACUCAUAUUUUCCACCAUGACUGUCUUCGCCAAUGGUUAGAGUGGAAGAAAAGUUGCCCUCUCUGUAAAGCGCCUGUGGCGUAA